UGGAAAGGCCUGAGGCCUACAUCCUAUCUCUCUCUCUCUCUCCCCUUCGAUAUAUAUUCAUGAUAAAAACGUUAUAAACUCGAUGUCCUUUCUCAUCAGCUCGUCUUUGCAACAGGGUCUUAGCGAGUUUUUUGCAAUGUAUGUAAGUAACCUUAUUAAGCAGGCACUCUAAUACGUUAAUGGUGAAAAUGCGUCGUUUUUGAUGAUCAGAGUUUGAGUUGUCAGUAUGUCUUCUCCGUAGCAAUAACAGGUAUAUAUAAACACGUGUGAGGUGUAGAUAGCUGUCCCACAAUGAUUUUAUCCGCCGCUGCACAAUACCAGCUCUCAAAUAUCAAAAACAAUUUAUCUGAACUGUUUUUAAAGGAUACAUAAUAAAUAAUUUGCUGCUUGUUAGUGUAGCGUGCUUAGUUUGGUUUAGUUGUGUGAAUAUCGGUUUCCGAUAUGGUCUUUUUAGGAACUGAGCUUCAGAAACUGAAAAUAAUUUGGCUGGCCGGGUUUCAGUCACGUAUAGUUUCCCCCCGCAACUGUAAUCGCUACUUUCCUGUAAUGUCAGAUGUCAUUUCGCACCGGAACUAGAUAGAGAGUCCGGCUUCCUUACUUUUCGGAGCUGAUUCGCGCGCCACAAGACAAAGUUAUCCGUUAGUGCUCCGGACAUACGUGGGCGGUGUCUCGAGCUGCGGCCGCGCAACUGUUGAUAAACAAUACCCGAGCUUCGGAUAUCAACAGCGCGUUUCGAACGCCAGAACAGCUGAUUAGACGACACUCACAGGGCGACCCCAUUCUGGUCAGCUGAGCUUGUUCGUUGCAUUGUUAGAGUUUGUUUUUCCGCUAAACAUUAAAUGAGUGAACUCAGAUCGCACAAUAGUAUGGACUACGGUUGGAUUAUCUAGUUUUCCCAAAAUAAAAGGCCAAAUCGAAGAAGAAGAGGAACCGGAUAAAUACCGUUUAUUAAAAAUGCGUUUUAUUGGAUACUUCCUGAUUCGCCGUUUGUUCAGUUGUUCGAGUGAACCGAUACAAAAAAGAGCUGAUCUUCACCUGUUUGAAGCAUCCGAUGCUGCGACCUUAGUACAGGUUACUGGAACCUUUAAGAUACACGAGAACUUUGUAUCUAAGGAAGAGGAAAAUCGUCUUAUUGAAGAAAUCGAACCUCACCUCAAGAGACUUCGUUAUGAAAAAGACCAUUGGGACAAUGCUAUUGUCGGCUACAGGGAGGUCGAGCGCAAGCAUUGGUCAAAAGAAAACCUACAGGUAAUGAAGCAAGUGCGCGAACUGUGCUUUGCUCCUGAUGCCCUUCAUCUGCCAAUGGUCCACUGCCUCGAUGUUUCCAAAGAAGGCGAGAUUAAACCACAUAUAGAUGCCGUACGGUUUUGUGGAAGCACAAUUGCCGGUCUUUCGCUGAUGUCCAAUGUCGUUAUGCGUUUGGCUCUCGAAUACGACAGUUCUUGCUGGGUCAAGAUUCUCCUUCCACAGAGGAGCGUCUAUGUAAUGUCAGGAGUCGCCCGGUACAAUUAUACUCACGCAGUUUUAGCUGACAAGCAGUCCAUAUUCAAAGGACAGCGUGUUCCCAGGGAACGACGAAUAUCCGUGAUGUUUCGCGUUGAGCCGGAAGAGGCGAUAUCUGGAUAGACUAGAUUAUUUUGGUUAGAAAUUGUGGCAAGUAAGCUUUAUAUAAGGAGAUGUUUUAAUAAUAAUCUAGUAAAUUUUAGAUAUCAUACAUAAUUAUUUUCAAGUUGUUUUUAUUACGAACUUAAUGUCAGCCUUUCUUAGUGCGAUUUACAUAUUCUCUAGUUUCUUAAGCACCAAAGAGUUAUGACUAACGAAGGAUAGAGCGCACGUGACUUAGAAUACUUACAUAUAACAGGAUAGAAGAAUUGUAAAUAUUAUGCCUAUAGUGAGUAGUUUUCUGUAAUUUCCUUUAAAUUCUCAUUAAGCAUUGCAACACACGGCUUUGGGACCAGUUAGCGAAGUAUAAUGUGUCCACUGCCGUAUUCAAACUCCAGCUAGCUUAUGUUUACGCGCAGGCCGCAGGAAAAUUCCACAGCGCUGCGCUGUAAUAGGAGUGAACCAAUCAUUAUCAACGAUAGACCGACGACUGACUUAACAAUUUAGCUCUAACAACGAUGUAUUUUUGCAACGCUAUGAGCUGUUCCUUUCGUAGAAAGAUCAAAAUCAAUUGAUUAAAAUUCGCUGUAACAGCAGUUUCAACGGUUUCUAUUAUUGUAAAAUACAGUAUAGUAUAUAUCUCAUUAAAAGGCUUAUCUUCGCGCCGGGUUUGAUAUAGUUGUUAAACAUCACCUAAAUGUAUUAUUAAACAAAAAUAUAAAAUGCCGCAAUUAUAAUUAACCCUCCUCCGUUAUAAUCGUCAAGAGCUUUACCUCGUUGUUAGUCGCGUUAGUGAUUUUUUAUUCUUACAGCUCUUGGUAUCACAUGAGAAGCAUAGUAAAUAAAAAUACUUGUAAAAACACGUAUCUCUCAUCACCACACCAUUAAUCAUACUGUAGGAUGAAUUGAACCAAUGGAUUAGACAUCUGAUGAGUGCACAACGCAUUGUUCUAAAUACUUGUUUUUAUUCUAAACAAUUCGUUGCUCAGACAUUACCUUCAUAAUCGAGUUUUGUCUUAGUAUUUUAUGAUAAACCGGGGGUGUACGGGUGUCUUUGGCAGUGAGUAUUGUUUUUGAAGUUAUUCGACAAAAGUUAAGGUCGAAUACGAAAUACUUCUCGUACGUGCUAUGACAACAAAGUUGCUUCAACAAUAAGUCUAUAUUAUUUUAAUUUGUUGUACUUAUAUUUUUAUAAAUUACAAUUAAAAAAUAAAGCUUCUCGUUUAGAAUAGUGAAUGGCUUACCUUAAACUUUGUGUCCCUAACCGUUAAUAUUCAGGCCUGACGUUCCUUUAUAUAUUAUUUAAACAUGGCUACUAAAAUUUGAUACAUGGGAUGUCCGAUAUUUCAUGUGGGGUCAAAAGAGAAGAAGAAAUGUUAAGGAGCGAUGUGGACUUGUUAAAUAUAUAUAAAUAUUAGUUAUAUUUGCUCAUAAAGAAAGAGGACAGAUUAUUUAUAAAGGCUACUUGUUGCGAAAUGGUCCCAACGUGUAUACUUGUGUAGGCCAUAACAAAAAGUAAGUUAAGAUUAAUGUUGUUUGGGUAGAACGUUCUAUUGUCAGUUAUAAACGCUUGAUGUGAACAUGCGUGUAUUCUUUAACUGAUAAUCUAAAAUGGGUAAAAAAAAUCUGUUUUCUUUUUUGUCGAUCGUUUUGUACGGGAACUGGAAACGUAGUUAUAAUCACUGUUAUUCACGAAAAUAAUAUUUCUAUAGGUAGGACAAUUACCUUAGGAUAAAUAAGACGCUGUACCUUUAGUUGUCAUAACUUCUUUGCUAAUCGUUUACAGUCAACACAAGUCUACAUAUUUAUUUUACGGACGACCGCGAAAAAUAGGCUCAAGUCUUACUACGAAACGAAUUCUAUAAAAUUUUGCAAAGAAGCCACAAGUCACCAGACAGUUUGAAACAAAACUUCUUGAAAAUCAAAGAAUCUCCAUUUGACAUUUGCUGAAGACAAAUAGAUAUGCAGACUGUUGCGGUAAAUUUAGGAAAGGCAUUCCAAAGCCAAUUUGUAUUCCUAUGAGAGUGCAAGCAUGCUACUGGGUAUUCCGAUAUUAGUUAAUAAAACCAUUUGAAAAACCACAGUAGUCAUUGUUACACCUAGAGACAUACGCCAGCCUUAUUGCAGUGUAACAUAGUACUAUGGAAAUAUAGAAAUAGCUUUAGGAUUUUGUUUAUAUCCUUAUUGCGGGGCCUGCUCCGCUGAUUUAUCUUUUA